UAUUAUUGGACGAGUCGUUAUAGUACUACUUGUUGUUUGUCACAUUCAUGACUCACCAACCAGCUGAAACGUUACAGUAAAGCUAACACUUUCUAAUUUAUCCUUUGACUAAUACACUAACCAUACAUUCAAAAAUCUACUAAAGGACCCUUUAUUUAAACUUCAUAUCUUCAAUCCAUUUUAUCAUAACACAAAGCAAAUUUGAACACAUAAAUAUUUCUCAACUUCAUGGAGCUCUCCAAGAUUUUAGUUUCAUUUUUUGUUAUUCAAUUCUUACUUUUUCAUUCACCAAUCUAUGCUGCUGCACCUGGAAAUUCCAAUAUUUUCAGAGAAUACAUUGGAGCAGAGUUCAAUAAUGUUAAGUUUAGUGAUGUUCCUAUUUACUCUGGGGUCGAAUUUCACUUCAUUCUUUCCUUUGCUAUUGACUAUACCAUGUCUUCAUCUUCUCCAUCUCCCACCAACGGUCAAUUCAACGUCUUUUGGGAUUCAGAUAACCUCAACCCUUCUGCUGUUUCCGCGAUAAAAAACCAACAUUCUAAUGUUAAAGUAGCAUUGAGCUUAGGAGGGGACAGUGUUGGUGGAAGCAGCGCGUAUUUCAAUCCUUCUUCAGUUGAUUCUUGGGUUUCAAAUGCUGUUUCUUCUCUUACAAAUAUCAUUAAGCAAUACAAUUUGGAUGGAAUUGAUAUCGAUUAUGAACAUUUCCAAGCUGAUCCUAACACUUUUGCAGAGUGCAUAGGCAAGCUAAUUACAACUCUGAAAAACGAUGGAGUUAUUUCAUUUGCUUCCAUAGCACCAUAUGAUGAUGAUGAAGUUCAGAAUCAUUACAAAACACUAUGGAAAAGCUACAGUCAAGUUAUAGACUACGUUAACUUUCAGUUUUACGCGUAUGAUAAGGGAACCACUGUGUCUCAAUUCAUGGACUAUUUUUCUACUCAAAGAUCAAAUUAUGAAGGAGGAAGGAUCUUGGCUAGCUUCGGCACUGAUGGAAGUGGUGGAUUAUCUCCAGAAAACGGAUUCUUCACCGCGUGUAGCAAGCUUAAAAGUAAAGGAGAUUUGGUUGGAAUAUUUGUGUGGAGUGCUGAUGAUUCUAAAUCAAAUGGUUUCAAAUAUGAGAAGCAAUCUCAAGGACUAUUAGCCAUAUCCCACUAGUGCUUUCAUCUUAUGUACAAUUCUACUGUAGUAGUCAUUUAAACCCAAAACUAUGUUACACCUCUUUGUGUGUGUAAAUUUCUGAGGAUUUGAAUCAAUACAUAUACUACUAUUUGGUUUAUGAA